AUUGCAAAAUACUUUAAACCACAGCCUGUGUAACAUUAAUGGUUCAUUUGAGCACAAGACAUUUUGCCUAAAACUGCAAUCACAAAGGGAUAAACGUAGACAUGGGAUGGACCUACUGUGUUAUAUGGUGUCUGUGUUUGUCAGUGUCUGAGUGCUGGCAGCCGCCCAACUCUGAGCCUGUAAUGCAAGGGGAACUCCAGUCUCCUCAGUAUCCCCGGCCUUACCCUCCCAACCUGCUGACGCAAUGGGACAUCUGGGUACCUGAGGGCUACCAGAUCCAGCUGUCAAUAACACACCUGGAUAUUAAAGCUUCUUCAGGCUGCAAUCAAGACUCUCUGACGGUUCUACAUGAGCAAAAGGUCUUAGGGAAGUUUUGUGGCCAGGAAAAUUCAGCUGAUCACCCAGGCAAAGAGCCGAUCCUUUCUCCAGGCAACACACUGACUCUCAUAUUUCAAACAAAUGACUCCACUCCGGAGCUCCAACAACACAUCGGCUUCUCAGCUACCUACAAGGCAAUAGACAUAGAUGAAUGUUCACAAUCAGACCCUGGAGAUGGAUCAGGUCCACUCUGCACUCAGAUCUGCGUCAACACCCCUGGGUCUUACCACUGCUCCUGCUACACUGGUUACAAACUACAUUUAGACCAGCAUACAUGUCUGUCAUCCUGUGAUGGUUGUAUAUACGACAAGCGUGAAGGACACCUGGCCAGUCCAGCAUACCCUCACCCCUCACCUCCUUUUCUGUCCUGCAAGUACAUCAUCUCUGUGGAGCCCAGCUUCACAAUCACUCUCAACUUCACUGACAACUUCCACAUAGAUAAUGUGGACACUGAGCAAGGUCCCAGGUGUCUUCAUCACUGGCUGCAGGUGAGCACUCCAGGCAGAGAGCCCAUGAAACUGUGUGGCGGAAAGAGUCCAGGUCUGAUAGCUACAAACUCCAACACUGUCAGACUGGACUACCACACUGAUGCUGAAGGCCUGAGUCGUGGCUGGAGCCUGGACUACAGCACACAUGUAGUUGAUUGUGGAGAACCUGAACCUCUGCUGAAUGGAGGGGUGACCUACCUGUCUGGCUCUCAGAAUCAGUACCAUUCUGUUGUUCAGUAUCACUGUAAUGAACCAUUUUACACUCUACCUGGGGGCAGAAAUGUCACGUUCACCUGUGAAGCAGAUGGAAAGUGGAGAUCUAACCACAGCGAUGUUACUCCAACAUGUGUAUCUGUCUGUGGCCAGCCAACAAAACUCAUCUCUACUUAUCAGCGGACCAUUGCAAGCAGUGAAGGUCCAGACAGCAAAAUCCCCUGGCAUGUGCUACUGAAUAUAGAUGGAAGAAUAGCAGGAGGCAUGGUGAUCGCAGACCGCUGGAUUAUGACUGCAGCUCAUACCCUAACACAUGACAGGAAACCAAUAUCAAAAGAAACUGUACAGAUCUACAUGGGUCCUAUUAAUGCUAAAACCCUGCUGGGCUCUCCUGUGUCUGCUGCUUCAAUCCACAUUCACCCUGAAUACAACAACCCUGACUUCUUAGACUACAACAGUGACAUUGCCUUGAUCAAACUGCAAGACCCGAUCACAUUCAACUCUUCGGUCAUGCCAAUAUGUUUGCCAGCAGAGGGAGCCACAUACGUCACUGACACCAUAGGACUGGUGUCAGGCUUUACCAUUACAGAGCCUGACAAUCAACGGAUUUUAACAAAUGAUCUGAAGUAUGUGCACCUCCUUGUGGUGGAGCAGGAGACAUGCAGUAAUUCAGUAAAUAAACUGAAGGAGACCAUGGACAAUGUACCAGAUCUGACAAACAACAUGUUCUGUGCUGGAGUCCCCGAAGGUGGGAAGGACUCCUGCCACGGUGACAGUGGAGGCCCCUUCGCCCUGAGAGAUGACGGACGGUUCUGGGCUGCUGGGAUUGUCAGCUGGGGGGUUGGCUGCCGAAAUCAAGGAACAUAUGGAGUCUAUACCAGAGUUGCUAACUACCUGGACUGGAUUUACAAGACUAUGCAGGAGAACUGAAAGUUACAAUAAAAAAAACAGCUAAUUUUACUAUUUAACUAAAUACACUCUUUGUGCAGUGUUAGUGUGCAUUGACACAAAAAGCUAUACAGUCUUGUUGACAAUAAAAUGAUCAAGUGCAAAUUUCUUCCUCUCAAAAA